AUGGCAUCAAUUAUAUACACCCUUGUGGCAUCAGAUGAUUCCACAACUCCUCUAGCAGAAGUUGCCGUGGCAGAGGGAAACUUCCAACUUCUUGCCUUAAAACUUCUAGCUAAAGUAAAGCGCAAUUCUUCAGCUUCAUACGCAUAUGAGAACAAAUAUAUGUUCCACUAUCACAACGAGAAUGGCUUCACUUUUCUCUGCAUGGCUGAUGCAGGGUUUUCUAACAGAACUGCCUAUUUAUUCCUUUUCGAUGUAAAGGACCGAUUUUAUGAGAAAUUCGGUGACAAAGCUCGUAAUGCCAUAGGGUUCAGCGCGAAUAAAGAGUUUUCAGAAAUUAUGAAGCAAAGAAUUAACUAUUUCAACAGCGACCCAUCUGCAGAUAAACUGAAAACUGCUAGGGGAAAUAUAGAAAAGACCAAAGAUAUUAUGAUUGAGAAUAUUGACAAGGUGCUCGCGAGAGGGGAAAAAAUUGAAUUGCUUGUUAGCAAAACUGCAUAUAUGAGUGAAAGUGCAGUUACAAUGAGAAAACAAGUGAGGAUUACAUAGGCUGUCAAAGUGAAAAGACACAUGUGAUGGAAAAACGCUAAACUCACUGUAUUGGUCAGCGUAAUUGUUAUUGUAAGAAAUAUUCAGAUCAUUUUAUUCUUCGUGAUUGUUUUGGCAUGUGGUGGAUUCUCAUUCCCGAGAUGCAAGUAA